AUGCCCUCAGUAAACAUGGCUACUGUGUAUGCUUGGGUUCUUCCGUGUCCCGUAUGAUGACCGCUGUGUUCUGGUCGGUGCUGUACCGGGAGAUUGGUGUUGGUCAGUCUGAGUGUGCGGUUUGGAGCUGAGAAGUCAGUUUGUGUGUGGGUGUGAGCGCUCCAGGGGAUAUCACGUGCUCCUGGUACCCGGAUACUGACAGUACCUUGCUUUCUAAGGAGGAAGACGUCCCUAGAGGAUCCGUGUUCAGUUGUCAUAUCACAGGCAUAUUGAAUGCAAUCAGUGGACGGCCGUCCCAAUUGAUGUUAUGAUGGCUCUUCGUGCUGGUCUCAGGUUAUUCAUUGGCUGUGCAGCUGUAAGCAGGCGACAGGUUAUCAGAAGCUUCUGCCUGGUGCACAGAAUACAGGCUGCCAGUUCUGGUCAUGAAGGUCCUAGAACUCCAGAUUUGAGCAGCUUUGUUUCUCGGUCGCACACAUGCGGAGAGUUGAACACGGAUCACGUGGGUCAGGAAGUCACGUUGUGUGGGUGGCUCCAGUAUCAGAGAGGGGAUAUGUUCCUUGUACUGAGGGAUUUUCAUGGACUGACACAGGUUAUUCUUCCAUCAGGAGAGUUUGGCUCCGAGGUCAGAAAGCAGGUGAAAGAGACCCCUUUGGAAUCUGUGCUCCUGGUAAAGGGGAUAGUGAUAGGCCGCCCAUCUGGUCAGGAGAAUCCUACUAUGCCCACAGGAGCCAUCGAAGUUCAGGCGGAACAAGUGCAGAUCCUGAACCCGUGCAAACCGCUGCCAUUUGAGAUUAAAGACUUUGUAAAGAAAACAGAAGCUCUGAGAAUGCAAUAUCGUUAUCUGGACAUUCGCAGUGCCCAGCUCCAGUACAACCUCAGGAUAAGAUCUAAGAUGGUGAUGAAGAUGAGAGAAUAUCUGUGUAACCAGCAUGGGUUUGUGGAUGUGGAAACACCAACUUUAUUUAAAAGGACGCCUGGGGGUGCCAAAGAAUUUGUGGUGCCAACCCAGGAGCGUGGCAAGUUUUAUUCAUUGCCCCAGAGCCCCCAGCAGUUCAAACAGCUUCUUAUGGUUGGUGGUCUGGACAGAUACUUCCAGAUUGCCCGUUGUUAUAGAGAUGAAGGAUCCAGACCAGACCGACAGCCUGAAUUUACGCAGGUUGACAUAGAAAUGUCUUUUGUAGACCAGUUGGGGAUACGGCGGCUGGUGGAGGGAUUAUUGCGAUAUUCCUGGCCUGAAGACAAGGGACCCCUUCCAGAUUCAUUCCCCAUUAUGACGUAUGCAGAGGCCAUGAGCAGCUACGGUGUGGACAAACCUGACACCCGCUUUGAGAUGAAGAUUACUGAUGUAACGGCACAGAUGAGGACAGCCCAGCUGGGAUUUGUGCAGGAAGCACUUGGAAAACCCCAUGGAUGUGUGAAAGCCAUCAGAGUACCUGAGGGAGCGAAACAUAUUAAGGGUAAACGUCUGGAUUCCAUGGUGGAGAUGGUCAAAAAGCAGUUUGGACAGGAAGUGAUGACAAUUGCUGUGCGAUCAGAUGGCUCCUGGAAGACUCUUCUUGUCAAAUACCUGGGUGAAGAGCAGAGGCAGGAUCUUGCUCGUGUCACUGGGGCAGUAGCUGAAGAUCUCCUCUUAGUGGCUGCAGGGCAGCAUGACGCAGUGUGCACCGCUUUAGGAAAGUUGCGUCUGGAUGUAGCAUCUCGGCUAGAGGAAUGUGGGGUGUUUCUCCGUGACCCCAAAAGUUUCCAUUUCUUAUGGGUUGUCGACUUUCCACUCUUUCUCCCCAAAGAAGACAAUCUAGAAGAGUUGGAAUCGGCUCAUCAUCCCUUCACAGCUCCUCACUCGGAGGACAUGGACCUUCUGUACACAGAGCCGGCCAAGGUACGCGGCCAGCACUAUGACCUAGUCUUAAAUGGUAAUGAAAUAGGAGGUGGCUCCAUCCGCAUUCACAGUGCAGAACUGCAACGCUGGGUCCUCCAGGAUGUUUUAAAGGAGGAUGUUGGUCUUCUCUCUCAUCUCCUGGAGGCUCUGGAGUCAGGAGCACCUCCUCAUGGUGGGAUUGCAUUGGGAUUGGAUCGCCUGAUUGCCAUUAUCGUUGGAGCACGAAGCAUACGUGAGGUUAUUGCUUUUCCAAAAUCAUUUAGAGGCCAUGACCUUAUGAGCAACGCACCCGAUUAUGUUUCCCCCGAAGAGCUCAAGCCUUAUCAUAUAAAGGUUACAGAUAAGUGAAGAUGGAUCAUUAAGUGACUUCUAUGAUGGGGUUCUGUGCCCAUGGAAGCACAUCAGUCUUCCCCUUUGUACAUUUUAUACCAGAUAAGAGUCGCAUUUCCUGUAAUGUUGCUGAUGGGUCACUCUGGAUACAUGUUAUCUCAUGCUGGCAUCACCAGUGACUAACCUAGCUAGACGGAAUCUGGUGUUUACAAUCUACCGGUGAUGUAGUCCCCCUUUCAUCCAGCGGUGCAUUCCAUCAGGUAUGUGAGAAGAUGAGCACUUUAUUAUAUUUAUAAAAUCAGGAAUUACAUGUCUAAAUUACUGCUGCUGUUUAUUAUGUAUGGGAAUGAAAGAACUGGCUGUGCGAUGCAAGAAAUCCGAUUCUUUUCAUGGUUCCGGUGCAUACGAGUGAGAAUGUGGUUGCUAUAAAACACACACACUUCUUUCAGACCCUUUUAAAAUAUGAGGACUUUGUUUACUGAAGCAUUGCUAACAAUCUGAUGUACUGUAUUUGCCAAGAACUUUGUUUUUUGCUACCAUAGAAUGAUUUUAUUUUUUUCCUGUUACCGCAAGUCUAAUAAAACUAUGAACAUUUUAGUUCAAGAAUAUUUAUUACGGCAUCUGUUGGCCAACAUACAGCGGUGAUAUCUGUUACUGCUGCAUCAUUGGAAUACAUCUACUAAACAAAGUGCAAUAUCCUUUGGGCUGUA